AUGGCAGGAGAGGUGGGCGGAACCUCGCACCCAGGUAGGCGGGGACACGGAGUGACGCCAGAGGGUCUGGAGGCGGGGAGUGCUAUGGAGGCGGGUUUUUCUGUGACUUUCGACCAAUCGAGGGAUGCUCCCUUGCUUCGCCUGCAGCCGAUUGGCGGUUGCUAUAGUCCAGACUCGGGUCGCCUGUCGGGGAUCGCAGGGCCGGGCCCGGGCCUCAGUAUGGGAGCGCGAGGAGGUGAGCCCGGAGCCAUUGGCCCGGCCAGGCCUCGCACGCCGUCGGCCUCGCGGCUUCUGCUGCUGCUACUGUUCCCGCUCGGCUUCCCGAGGCUCCUGUGGGGAGAUGUUGUGUUUCUGCCUUCUUUCAUUCAUAUGUCUGACACUUCGGCUAGUGCAUCCUUGAUUGGAGAUACAGAGGACGUCAGCAUUACUCUCUCUGUGUUGAAUAAGUCCGGAACUUUGCCAAUUUCUGAUUGUGGAUUGCAGAAUAAUGGAACAAGCAACUGGACUCUGACAGUGACUCCUGGUGUGUAUUUUUUUUUCCUCCAGGGGAUCUCAGAAGUGACCAUAAGCUUGAAUAGUGAUUUACAGUCCUGCACCUCUGAGACGCUUUCCUUCUCUGAAUUUCCCUGUAUUAUUGACACUCUGGUGGUUUCUGCAUCCCACAACUCAUCCUGUUUGGCACACUUACUCAUUCAAGUUGAAAUCUACCCUAAUGUUUCCUUUGCCCAGAAUGUAUCAGAGAGUGCUGCCAGUGUUCCCGAGCAGAUGUAUAAGCCCUUCGGUCCCUGUCCUUGUGACUUGGUCUCUGGGGCCUGUGAUAUCCGGUGCUGCUGUGACCAGGAAUGCUCGUCCAAUUUAAUAGAACUGUUCAAAGAACAUUGUCAUACAGGAGUUUUUGGUGGACAGACAAACCCGCCUUUCGACCAACUGUGCUCUAGCAAUGAGAUAGAAGAGAAGCCAGAUUGGUUUCCUUUCUUGUGUGUUCAGUCCUCUCUGGAAAAUAGUCCCUUCCUUGGUUUUUUCUUCGAUGGUUCUAUUGUUCAUCAUAAAAAGACCAUGUUCGAAAUGCCUUCGUAUGUUCCCGUGAAAGACACGUCGGAUUUUGGCUAUAUACAAGGCGAUCCACUUAUAACAGUGAAUAAAGCAUAUUUCACCAUUCCCCAGAUGUCUCUGGUGGGGCAGUGUAUUCAACAUGCCCCAGUGGCCUUCCUUAAAGAUUUCGAUGUGAAGUGUCUUAUUAACCUGGAAACAUAUCAACAAUCAAGUAUUAGAAACAGGACUAUAAAAAAGGGUACCUUGGGAGGUAGCAUCACAAUCCAGAUGACAGAAGAGCAAUCAACUGCCUUAGACAAGUACAUCUCUAACACAGGUGCCUUACAAGGGAGUGUGCAGCUCAUAGGACUGACUGUGGGUUUGUUUUCAGAAGUAAUUCUUCCUCCUGAAGAAGUUUCAGUCACUGUGAUCUUGGAAGAGCAUUACAUUUUCAUGUGGAAAAAUACAACAAUUACUGAGGCCAGUGCCAAACUCAUUUGGGGAAAAAUUCAUCCCAGCCAGCAAGGAAUGUUGACACAGAGAUUCAAAGUCACAUUUUUAAGCUUUAGUACUAAAAACAUCAAAAAGCGAUCUGGAAAUCCAGGUUACCACUUUGGCAAGCCAGUGAGAGCCCUCAAUCUCCAGAAUGUUAAUAAUGUUACCACAAUUAACCUUUGGCAGCCAGAUGGCAGUGGUCUGUGCAAGGCAGUAGACACCUUCACCCCAGUUUUGUUUGGAGAAGACACUAUAUCUGGAUGCUUCUUGGAGGUUGGCAUUGAUGAAAACUGCACCCAACUCAGGGAAAAGGUUACUGAAAAUCUUCAUUUAUUAAUACAAGCUACUCAUGUGGCCAGAAAAGGCAACUCAGAUUAUAACAACAUUAAUGAUGGUUGGCAGAAAAUCAUAUGGAGAGAUCCACCUUUUCCUAAGGAUAACCUCCAUUUAGAGGACAUAAAAGGCAUCUGUCCUGAUGUACCUGCCUUGAUGAAUAUCCGUUUCCUUAUUUCUAAUGGUGGAAAUCUGGAAGGGAUUUCCCAGUUUAUGAUACUUGGCACAGAGGUGAGCUUCUCUCCUGUCACCUGGCAGUUUGAAUGUGGGAUGACCUGCGAAGAUAAGCCUAGCCUUUUCCUUAUCAGUGCCUCCAUCCAAUUUAUUAAAAUACCUCCUGUACCGCCCCUUCCACGGUCAAGUUUCCAGAUAAAUUUUACCGACCAUGACUGCAACCACAAUGAAAUCUGCUGGCUUCAGCUUGCUUACCCAUUGACCGGGUUUUAUCAAGGAGAGUCUUACAGCUCCUGCCUUGCCAAAAGCUUGAUGUUGGCCUUCUUCCUCACAGUGGUCUUCUUUUUCAGCGGACCGUGGAGCAGAAACUAUAAGUUUUGGAACUUAAUGGACUUCUAACUUAAUGGAAUCUUCAGAGAGCAGCAUCAGCCCUGUGGUCAGGACUUAGGGCAGCAAUGGGAAACUUCACCAAAUGACACUUUUCCUAUUUAUUUCUGUAAAAAGGUAUAUUUCAGCGAUCAGAAGAUUAGUUUCUAAAUGUCACUUGCUCAAAAGCUGGCCAUCAGUCAGCUGAUUUUUUUCCAGCUGCAGAAACUCCUGGAGACUAUCUUCAAAGAGGGGCCUGUCUUCUUGAGGGGGCUUGUUCUGUCCCUCUGGAGGGACUACUCACACCAGGAAAACCACAGAUCCUUGAAGAAUCAAGAUCAGUAUGGAGUUAUCAUAGUGCUUUUACUGGUAGAAACUUUAGCAUCCUCAAAGUGACUUGCCCAAGGCCACACAGCUAGUCAUUAGCACAGUUGAGACUAGAACUCCUGUGAUUAUAUAAUAAAAUGUAAAAAAGUGUCAGUUUUGAAAUAGUUAAGUAUUUUUCAUAAACUGUAAACUUAUACUCAUGACCAGUCUCCUUAGAGAAGCCUUUAUUUUAAGUGGGGAAGAACUGAUUUUUUUUAUUAAAUAACUUUUGAUUUAAAUCACUUUAUUAGACCUUUGGUUUGAAUAGAUUUUGUAUACUCUGAAUAAACUUUUUUUAAAA